AUGUCCCACGGAAAACAGUUCACCCUGUAUACAACCACGCGUGGCCCUAACGGAUGGAAAGUUGAAUUUGUGCUGACGGAGCUCGGUCUGUCCUACGAGAGCAUCCAUCUCCAAUUUGGCGAGAUGAAGCAGCCCAGUUAUACCAAGUAUAACCCGAACGGACGUAUUCCCACAUUGAUCGACCACAAAAAUAAUGACUUUACCGUCUGGGAAUCCGAUGCCAUCCUUGUUUAUCUUGUAGAGAAAUACGACACUGCUCAUCGUAUUUCUGCUGUGACCCCCGAGGACAAAAUCCAUCAACUUCAGUGGCUAUUUUUCCAAUCAUCUGGCCAAGGCCCCUACUUUGGACAGUUAUUCUACUUCGAUAAAUUUCACCCCGUAAAAAUACCUACGGCAGUAGACCGCUAUCGGAAGGAAAUCCUUCGGGUCUUUGGCGUCCUCAAUGGCGUACUGUCUAAGCAGGAAUGGCUUGUCGGCGGGAAGUACACCAUCGCUGAUAUUUCUUUCAUAUCUUGGAACGCUAUCGUGCUCGAUCCCGCUGCGGUCGACCUUGGUGUCAACGUGGAGACUGAGUUCCCCGCGCUGUACAACUGGAACCAGAAGCUCGUUUCGUUGGAGUCGGUCAAGAAAGUUUGGGCUCACAGGGAGGUUCUGCUAGCACAGGGGUAG